GGUGCCAGCUGAACGCAGUAUUUGCAAAUGUCGGCUUACAAGAAGCGUGUUGAAUAACUUCUCGAAUAUUUUCAAAUACGUUGAUUGUUUAGCCACAUACACUCUCCGAUACGAUACGAUCGACGUCGAGUGAUUAAUGUAUUUUCUAUUAUGGCAAUUGAACGGAGUGCGCAUGCGACGAAAUUUAUUAUUAGGAGGACGUUAAGAGAGACCACACGGGUCUACGACGCCUUUAGACGAGCUUAAGUGUUCGUUGUAUUUACAAGUGCAGACGUUUUUUUGUUCAUUCCUCUCACUCGAUGUGGUUCUAUAAAAUUGAUUGGUUUGAGUGAAACAGCUCGUAGAAGCGAGACUGUCAGGGUCACCUGAAGAUGACGCUGAACGGUCACGACACUGGUAAACUCGACGCGAACAGACCACACAACGUAACGUCUUUCGAACUUGGACCCUCCAAAACAAGCCAAAUUGUAAAGGUUGAGAGGACUCAAUGUCUUAACAAGUUGUUGGAGGCGGUGCCUCCCGUGCGUGAGUUGAAACAAUACCUAGCAGUGGCGCUAUGUGGUAUAACAAUAUGGGCUACAGCAUGGUUUGUUUUCCAAGACGAUGUACUACCUGGCAAAAGUUUAUUCAGCAUGUCAGCAGUUGUGAUUGUAGGAUAUAUCUUCGGGCAUACCCUAGAGAGGUAUACCACUGUCAAUGCUGUCGUAGGAAUGACGCUGAUUGGAGCAUUGUAUAGAAACUUAGGCCCACCUAGCUUCCUAGAUAAUAAAGUAGCUGAUGCAAUAGACUACCACUUAAGUGAAACUCGUUUGCACUUAGGAUCAAUUCUGGCAUCCGUAUCACCAGCGAUCGUAGUGCCAACUGUGAUGAAGCUGAGUGCACGAGGGCUCGGAGCUAAGAACCAAAUAUCAAACCUGGUCGCAAAUGCCGGAGGGCUCGAUACUGCUUUCACAGAAGGCAUGUGUGGAGUCAUUAAUAGCGCCAUAUUUAUCCAAGCUACUCUCGUUUACAAAAUUAUUAAGGCUCUAUUGGCAAUAUUCGUUGGCAUUGGACUAGGUAUUAUCCUAGGCGUCAUAAUGGACUAUCUACCUGAACAUACGGAUACAUACGCGCCGACCAUUCGCAGUCUCUUCAUAUUCACAAUCGGCAUUCUAAUGACAUAUGCUGGCGGUUACCUUGGAUGGGGUGGUAUUUCGGGAGUAGCAAUAAUGGUGUGCGCGAGCGCAGCCGCAACGCGAUGGUCCCGCCGAGGAUGGACACUCAACAACAACCCUGUCUCUGAAGUGUACAAAGUGCUUUGGAGAAUAUUUGAACCCAUGCUGUUUACGCUUAGUGGCUACUUCUUGGAUGUAUCACAAAUUUCUAUGAAGGAGUUUUGCUUAAUAAUAGCAUGUAUAUUCUGCGCGUUGUUCCUGCGGUUAAUAACGGCGUUCCUGGUUUCGCUCGCCAACGAACUCUCCUUGAGGGAGAGCUUAUUUAUCGCUGUCACUUGGAUACCUAAGGCUAUUGUAGAGGCCGUGUUGGUGCGGGUGGCGACGGAUUCCCUCUGGACGGACGGUGCUACCAACCAAGAUGAACGAAUCGCUGCCCAACACUCGAAUAUCAUCGUUAUUGCUAUACUCAUAACGUCGACCAUAGGAUCAACGCUUACGACCAUUUUAGGACCAAUACUUCUCUCCCAGGACUCCAGAGUCGCUCCCGAAGAUUUCUACAGAACGCAAACGUUGUCGCCUCCCCAAUCGUCGGAUAAUAGACGAAAUAUUAACACAAGUGCUCUAUCAUACAUAGACAUUCAAUAAAUUUUUUAAUGCAACUUUAUCUCUUCUUUUUUAUUUUACUUAAUGUCUUGUACCUUUUAGGUAUGAAAUAAAUGUUUAAUGCA